AUGAUAAAUGGUGUGGUACUUGCAAUGGAGAAGGACGCCAUGAACGCUUUAUUGGAAAAUGACGAGCGAUGCUAUGACACAACUCCUAAUGAUAUCACGACUGUAGUUGCAAGACUUCUAUCUGAUCCAAAUGUUAGUGGGGCGCAAGCUGAGAGGCAGAAGCAGAUUCGAGUGCGGAUAUUCGAUCUGAACGUUUUUCCACUACAACGGUCAACCACUGGCACGCAUGAGAUCGCACCAAAUAUCUUACACCCUAUGAAUCUGUUAGAACCACAGAGACGCUCGUUCGCUGAGGGGGAAGAGAAAUCGCCCAGUGUAUCGUUGGACAAGCCAAACAAAUCGAUGAACGACGAUGCGUCGUCAUCUGCAGCCAGUGGAGGGACACAUACUGCUUUGAGUGCCUACGAGGAUGCCAGGGCAGUUAUACGUCUAAUCCAAUGCCCGUAUUGCUCUCGGCCAUACGAACUACCAGUCACGCUGCCCUGCGGCCACUCGAUGUGUCGUAAGUGUUUGCCCGAGGAGCAACCACGAGAAAACAUAUCGUAUCCAAAUACACCGGGUCGCCAGCGUGGAGUCCAAUGCAGAGAAUGCAGCACAGUGCACGCCGUGGGUGAGUGCAAUGUUGAUGUUACACUUCUCAAGGUUAUGGAGGCCAUCGCCACCACUGCUGCAAGUCAUGACGCUGGACUUGUAUGUUCGACUUUCAUGGAAGAAGUCCGGCCCGCGGAGGAGACGUCAUCGAUUCUGACAGAGAAGGGUCCUGAGCCACGUUGUUGGGAGCUUUCUGCUGGUCGACUACAGGCGACAUAUCUCUUGGCGCAACGAGGCGAACUCAAACGCACCUCUGACCUGAUCUAUCGUUCAUCACCGGUGCGUGGCGAAUGCGAACAAUUGGACACUGCUUUCCUACACCAACUGAGAGACUCUGCCUACAAGGAGCUCGACUGCCAAGUAUGCUACAACCUAAUGCUUGACCCAGUCACAACUACCUGUGGUCAUUCUUUUUGCCGGAAAUGUCUCGCGCGUGUGCUCGAUCAUUCCCGCCAUUGUCCUUUCUGUCGACGCACACUGCCGAUGCCACCAUCGUUAGGCAAUCGGCCUAGCAACGCAGCUCUAUGUUCACUUCUAGAUGGCUUAUGUCCAGAGCUCGUGGCUUCCCGCGCCGAAGCUGUGGUCGCAGAAGAGUUUGGAUCCGGGGAUUCCGCCAUUCCACUGUUCGUUUGUACACUAGCAUUCCCGGCCAUGCCAACAUUUCUUCACAUAUUCGAACCACGUUACCGCCUCAUGAUUCGUCGCGCCCUAGAACGAGAUCGGAGGUUCGGAAUGGUCAUGUAUAAUCGUACUGGAGCUCCUCAAGGGGAGCUUGGUCCCAGCCAAUUUGUACAAUACGGAACCCUCCUGGAAAUUAUCAAUUACCAAUAUGAGGCCGAUGGGCGUUGCUAUAUCGAAACUCGUGGCGUCGGCAGGUUCCGAGUACGCUCACAUACCAUGGUCGACGGCUACAUCACCGGGAAUAUCGAACGUGUCGACGAUGUAGGCAUUGCAGAAGAGGAAGAGCGAGAAGCCUCCGAAAUCCUUGCUGCCGCGGAUCUCCCACGUGAGUCGCAAGAGCUCGAAACUUCGCAAAUAAAUUCCUAUUCACCGGCUGAAUUGAACGCCAAGUUGAAGUCCAUGACAACUCAGGAGCUACUCCAAAAAGGCAGGGAGUAUGUCGAGUCAAUGCGCACUGCCAGUGCAAGGUGGUUGGAUGAUCGUAUCGUGGAAGCUUACGGUGGACCACCUGAGGAUGCUGCAACGUUCCCGUAUUGGUUUGCAAGUGUCCUUCCGAUCCACGACGAGGAGAAGUAUGUCUUGCUACACACAACGAGCGUACGAGAUCGGCUGAAAGUGGUGAAUUGCUGGAUACACCGGAUCGAGCGUCAGAGGUGGUGGGUCCUUCUCAAUAUGUUCUCCCGUGGUGCCACCAAUUCUUUGGACAAUACUCCAGAUCCUGACGAAGCUGUAGAGUCUCCUGAGUCUCCCGCUUCCCCUUAA